UCCGAGCAUGUAUUGAGUUUCUAUAUCGGAACCGAUUAAACAUGAAUUUCAUCACGAAAUGAGUAGAGUUGUUGCGGUACGGUAUUUAUGUCAAAACCAUAUUCAGCUGUCAAACGGGGGCCGGUUGAUUCAUAUCGAUCUGAGCAUUUGAAAAGGCAAGUUGAUUGUUGUGAAUAUUGUUCGAUUUACAGUGAUUGUUUUAUUCGUUUUUUGUUCAAAUUAAGUAAUUUAGUUAGUGUUUUUAGGUAGAAAAUACAUGAUAUCGAAUUAGUUUUCCUCAUUUUGAUUUUUCGUUUGGUGGUGAUUGUACACAAAGUGGCUAACAUUUUACCGUGCUUGCGAUUUGUGUUCCGAAAACAAUCAAUCCAAUUGUUUAAAUGUCGAACAAAUUACGACCUGCCUAAAAAAAUGAACAUAUAAUAUGAUGAAAUUUGCUCUUUUUUGUGAAUCUCAAUCAUCUAAUCAAUUUCUCAUGAAUUUGUUCAAUUUUUUUUUUGUUUAAAAGCUAUUCAUCAUGGCCCGUGGAGCCCGUGGAUCUCGCGGUGGAAGCGAUGAGAGAUUCACAACAGUGAAACUGGCUCUACGAACAAUCAUCCAGAAACCGUAUCGGCUGAUUUUGACAACAGUGAUUUGGGAAAUGAGCAUGAUGGCAACGCUAAUCUCACUUCUGGCAUCGCUCUAUUUUCUAUAUCUAGUUAAUACGGCGGUCGAUGAUUUCGACAACGACUUUUUCAACAGCAAUGGUGAUGAAAUCAUCAAAAUGUGCUUCCAAGGUGUGCUCCGGCAAAAUUACACCAAUGAUCGAAUGUUUAUAGUCCCAGGUUUCCGGCAAAUUGUUAUCAAAAUUCUCGGCGAAUGGUUUCCGUGGCCAACGAACAGAUUUUUCGGCAACACAUUCAAAUACCUGUACGAGCAAUAUGCCACAAACGUCAAGACCAACCUCAAAACGCAUUGCGAAAAGCGUUUGAGAAAGUUCUUCAAAAUGCGUUGCUACGAAUUGAACCACAUGUGUCUGUGUGGAGAUCUCGAGUUGGACGAAUUAUUCGAUGGUGACGACAUCAAAAAUGCCAUCAACUACACAUACAAAAGGAGAGAUUCAACGUGUGGCAAUGCGAAUGCCAUACGGAAAUUGGAAAUACUGUUGGCGGAGAUGUAUUGGAUAGGAGCACCUCACAGACCAGAUGAUCCACACCCAUUCAACAUCAGAGAAUUCGUUGAACUCAAUUGGUUCCAAGCAUUGCGCAUGUUCAUGAAUAUACAGCGUGAUAUUCAUAACUUUCACCUCUCGUUUGCCAAUCUACGCCAAAGUUGGAAUCUGUUCCGAAAAUAUCCGCUCUAUGUGCAACAGCCAGAAUUCCCAGAGCCGCCUGAAAUCACCACCUUCACAGUAAAUCCGAAGUGCACAUUCCAGCGCCGACACGUGAAAAUUGAUACGGAUGCAUUGCACAAUAUUUUAUGUGGCAUCAAGGCAAUGCCGCGGACAAAAGGCACUCGAGUCUUACGAAACGGCGAAUACCAACAGCGCUGGAUCUCACAGACUGAAUUCAAGGAGAGAGGAGGCUGGCGUUUGUUUUUCAACAUGGAUGAAAUUAUCAAGUUAGUCAAGAAUAAGAAGGGAUUCGGCGAUUCGAUAAUAUCAGAUGGUGUGUCAGCGUCGGUGUUAUUCAAAUUGCCGAAACAGAGCAAAACUGUUGCUGAUGAAGAUGAGGCCGAAACCAAACGAAAAUAUUUCGCAGGCGAAUUCGCGUAUGCAUUGGGAAUUGAUCCAGGCAUGCGAACCUUUAUUGCGUCGGUCCGCCUCGAUCUAAAGACCGGCGAAGAGACCAACGAGAAGAUUUCGUUCAAACAAUACCAUCUGAAAUCGAAACAAGAUGCGCGCAACAUUAAAGCCGAACGAAUGACACGAGUCUUCACGUAUGACGAACAAGCGGACUUCAAACGUAUCGCCGCAGAGAUUGGCCAGACACCAUCGCCACGGAACAUCUCUUGGCGCCAUUACAUCGAACAUCGCCUGCGAAUGUCCCAAGAUGGUAUCGCGGCAUACAGUCAGAAAAACCAUGCACGCUUACGUUUGGAAAAACACAUUGAAUGGCAUCGUGCAAUUGAUCUCAUCGCCGGUAAGCUGGUACAUUUCAAGACAGCUAUCAUCAACAUCAGCCGAAAUUUCACCAAAUUGCCCGAUCCGAAUCAAAAAGUACGUGCGGUGUCCAGGCGUUCGCAAGCUGAUUGCAGCCUUCAAAAGACGUGGCAAUUGUGUCGUUCGGUUGGUGGAUGAAUACAUGACAUCGCAACAUUGUGCCCGAUGCUUCAAACGGUUCCCGAUAUGGACGAAGAGCAAACGAUACAAGAAGUGCAACGAUUGCCAUCCAGAUGAACGUGUUGGACUUCCGAGAACCAUCUAUACGAACGUGAGCAAACGAGUGUUACAAAUGCAACGGAAAAUCAUGCGUACAUGGGAGGAAAUGCGCGACCAAGGUGAUGCUAUUGCAGCCAUUCUAACCCAACGAAAUUCAGGACGUUUGGUGUCAAAGAAGCAACGCUUCUUCAAAACCUGGCAACCAAAUGCUGCUGAAAACGCUGGAACAGAAGACGCUGCACAAUCACGCAAGUUGCUCAAAUCACUUUGGCAUCGGGACAUAUCAGCAGCCAAACUGAUCAUGUACAAAGGUCUUUGCACGCUGCUUGACAUUCCGAUACAUCCAGCAUUGCUGCGACGACCAGAUGACGACGACGUUCCACUCAAUCCAUAAAUCAAAAUCCAGCGUUUAGCAUUAAAUUUUUUUUUAACAAAUAUUUUCUAACAGUUUAUUAGAGUUCUCAAGCCUUGCACUUAGUGGGCUAUUUUAAGGUUUAUAAGGUGUCUAACUUUAUUUACCGCAGUACAUGAGUGGUUUUAUAGACGUUAUUUGAUGAUCAGAAUGAGUCGUGUUCAUUUUCCGGUUUGACAAUGUCGCCGCAUUCUUUGGAUAUGACUUGUUCAAUGCAUCAUAUCACG